UGGUUAGUGUUCUUCCAUGUUCAAACACCUCAGAACUUGUCAGGUGCAGUCGCUUUGAUUUUGCCCUUGCGCAAAGCAUGUGUUCUACGGAAUGUUCCGAGAUGUUACAUUGGGUGAAAGCCAACAUCCCCAGGAUCACUGCUUUCCCCGACACAGGUAAGGAUCAGUCGAGUUGCCUCAUAUUCAGCAGCGACAGGCCUCUUCCUACUUAGAGCCGGUACGGCAACAUAGAAUAGUCGUUUGAAGUUUUCGUUUGCAAUCAUGGCGUCAUUUGUGGAGCAUACUGGCCAUGUGCCAGACGUCGCAGACACUCGACCACUCAGCCCUUUGGAAGAGGAUAUUCCUCCUCCCUGCUACAGCACCAAAUAUGGAGAAAUGGAUAUACAUCAUAGGGGGUUCGGGACAAAUGCACGCGUUGCAGACGAUGGUCGGGUCGAUAUCAAUAUCAAGGAGAGAGGACGGAAAUUAUCCAAUAUGCUCGCUCCCACCUUGCAUCCAAGGGAAGACAUCCUUGAGCUGCGACCAUCCAUCCCCUCCUACCUCGAAACGGGCAAGGGUCCGGUGCCGCGAAUGAACAUUGUGAUUCAGAUUGUGGGCUCCCGGGGCGACGUUCAGCCAUUUAUAGCUCUGGGUCAGUCUUUGAAGACGAAAUGUGGCCAUCGGGUGCGAAUUGCGACACAUCCCGUUUUCAAAGAGUUUGUGGAAGAACACAAUCUAGAAUUUUUUAGCAUCGGAGCCGAUCCCACAGAGCUGAUGGCAUACAUGGUCAAGAAUCCGGGUCUCAUGCCAGGAUUCGAUUCCCUCAGGAAUGGCGACGUGGGAAGGCGACGGAAAGAUAUAGCUGAGAUAAUUUCUGGCUGCUGGCGGUCUUGUUUUGAAGCUGGUGAUGGUACUGGGACGCCCGUUGCAGACCUUGAUUCACUCACGAGAUGUAUGGGCGAUACACAACCGUUCGUCGCAGACGCAAUAAUCGCAAACCCUCCUAGCUUUGCCCACAUCCAUUGUGCAGAAAAGCUAGGGAUCCCCCUUCAUCUCAUGUUCACAAUGCCGUGGUCACCAACGCAAGCGUUUCCGCAUCCGCUGGUAAAUAUCCAAUUUUCCAACGCCGAAAAAGGAGUGGCCAAUUUCGUUUCGUAUGCGCUUAUUGAGAUGCUCACCUGGCAAGGAUUGGGUGACAUCAUAAAUCGAUUCAGAGAACGGAGUUUGGGAUUAGAACCGAUAAGUGUAAUGUGGGCUCCGGGGAUGAUCCCACGAUUAAGAGUGCCUUAUACGUAUUGCUGGUCUUCCGCUCUUCUCCCCAAGCCUAGAGACUGGGGUCCGAAUAUCGACAUCUCCGGUUUCUUCUUCCUCGAGAUGGCGUCCAAAUAUACUCCUCCACCUGAACUUUCCGAAUUUCUUGCCGCUGGACCUCCUCCAGUGUAUAUUGGGUUCGGCUCUAUCGUAAUUGAUGAUCCUGACGAAAUGACCCGGUUAAUUUUUGAGGCAAUAAAGAAAUCGGGACAGAGGGCUCUUAUAUCAAAAGGUUGGGGCGGCAUUGGUGCCGAGAAGCCUGGAAUACCAGACGAUAUUUUAAUGAUUGGCAAUUGUCCCCAUGACUGGUUAUUUCAACAUGUGUCGUGUGUUGUUCAUCAUGGCGGCGCUGGAACAACCGCUGCUGGUAUUGCUUGUGGAAAGCCAACUAUCAUUGUGCCUUUCUUCGGCGAUCAGCCGUUUUGGGGAUCAAUUGUUUCCAAGGCUGGAGCAGGACCGCCUCCUAUUCCACAUAAACAACUAACAGCGGAGAAAUUAGCCACUGCGAUCAUCUCAGCUCUCGAACCAGGAAUGCAAGUGAAAGCAAAACAGUUAGGCGUAGAAGUCCGAAAAGAGCCAGGCAUCGAAAGAGGCAUCGAAUCUUUUCACAGCCAGCUCCAUCCCGGAACCGUGCGCUGCUUACUCUGUCCUGAACGAGCAGCCGUGUGGCGUGUGAAGCGCACCAAGAUUCGUUUAAGCGCAUUCGCAGUGGCCCUUUUGAUCACGGAAGGUAUUCUAGAUGUGCGGGAUCUUAAGUUGUAUCGCCCAAGGGAAUAUGACCUCGAACCCGGUCCACGUGAUCCUAUCAGCGGAGGAGCGGCGGCGCUGGUUGAGAGCCUGGUCGACUUUACGAUAGGAUUCGCGGAUUUCCCGGCUAGAAUCCUUCUCCCGCUUUCAUUUCAUCGUCAUCAGUUGUCGUUGAGCGAAAAGAGGAGCUCAAGCUCUCCGUCUCCUUCCUACUCUGGCUCCGAACGUGGCACUCCGCGGAGAUCAUCCUCUUCAGAUCGAAGACAGUCAGAUGUCCACUCACGUUCUCCCGCACCCCCAAGUUUGCUGGUCGAUUCGGCCAUUGUUACCGCAGGUUUAGAGCCAUUAGAUAAGGAGCAUGUUGAUGACCAAUUUGUGACAAAUUCUGAAAGAAAGGCCAGAGAUGCGGCCUCUCAGAUAUCCAGGAUUACAGCAGAAGAGGUAAUUGGGGCGGGACGGACGGCUUCUAGACUUGUUACAAUAGGGAUAAAGUCGCCCAUGAACUUUGCUCUCAGUGUAGCAAAAGGAUUUCAUAAUGCGCCAAAGCUGUACGGGGAUGAUAGUGUGCGAGAACAAGAUAAGAUAACUGGUUUCCAAAGCGGCUUACGGGCAGCUGGAAAGGAGCUCGGUUACGGCCUUUAUGACGGUAUAUCAGGUCUUGUCACCCAGCCUCUUCGCGGACGUAAAGAGGGCGCAAAAGGAGUUAUAAAAGGUAUUGGGAAAGGUAUCGGGGGGUUGGUUCUAAAGCCUGGUGCUGGUGUGUUUGCUCUAGCCGGGUAUCCAUUGAGUGGAAUUCAGAAGGAGGUUCAGAAACUCUGGAGCACCAGUGUAGAAUGUUAUAUCGUGGCCUGCCGAACUAAGCAAGGUUAUGACGAGUGGAACCAGUCGACUCGGGAGGAGCGACAGCAAGCGCUUUGCAAGUGGUAUUCUCUCGGUGCGGAUCUCGAGGCCAAGGCAGCCCACUCCCCAUUUGCAGCGGAAUGGGAAGCAGUUUCCCGAAUAUUAUUUGAUCCUAAGAGACGCCAUGAACGUUACCACGAAGUUGAAGGCGUUGCCGCUGAGCCUGCUGCCAUAGAGAAACUUACUCCUGAUAACUUCCGCGAAGCCGUACGGAGUGCAACCCACUUGCUCUCAAGUCUUGUUAACAGGUACAAAAAUGAGCCGGUAACCCGAGCUGCAAGUCAAAAGAAUGUUGCAAAGAGCUUUACGGAAAUCGAGCCUCCGGAGGACGAGGAACAGCAGCAGGUGAUUGAACGUGCACUCCAUGCAAGCAUUGCUGAGCUGGACAAGGCCCAAGCGUGUGGAGAUCACCAAAAUGCAGGGGAUCGGGCUCUUCAAGCAUGUGUUAAUGAAGCACGGCGUGUCCAAGAGGAGAUAGAGAGAGCAAAAUGCGGUUCUGUCAAAAAAGACCCAUGGCCCAAGGCUGAAAAAAAGCCAGACCCUUGCCAAGAGGAAAAGAGAGGUAGGGUAGGCCGUGAUCGACGACCUGAGAAACGCAGGCUCACGAAAGAAGGUCUUGACGCGGUUGCGGAAUAUGCCAUAUGGAAGACAUUGACGGAGAAGAGGAGGCCCACGGCUGAACAAACGUCCAUCAGCGACCGUGGUCCACAGGAAGAUGAUGGUGGGGAGAUGGUGUGAGGGUGAUUGAUGAAACCCGUGAAUGAUUCUUUUCCGUCAUCAGGUGCCCCCCAUUUCGUGGUUUCGACGGAAACGAGACACAAGAACGCGUGGUUGUGGAAGCUGUGACGUUACGGAGCAGACCUGAAGUGAUGUUACACAGGCUGCAUGUUGUCUCCCGCGUCUAUUCCAACUCAGAAGUAACCAACGCUUACGACAACUUCCCGCUUGUGCCUGAUGAUAAACCCCCAUCACGCCUU